UAUACGAUGUCGUUUGGAGCACGUUCUUGUCUAGUCCAUUCAGGGUUCUGCAGAGCUCUAUGUUUCGGACUCUAAUGGUGUCCUCGAUUGCCGAAGUGUAAAAUGGAGAACGCAGACUCCGAUGAGCCCGAGAGGAAGCGGCUCCAUUUGAACUCGGUGUCGUCCACCAUGGCUCGAAACUCCACCCCUUCGUCGCCCAACAACAAAAGCGUCGAUGCUGCAGUCCUCCAGAACCAGAAUCAGAAACUUCUUCAGCAGAUAGACAUAAAAAAACAGGAGUUGCAUGAUCUUGAGGCAAGAAUUAAAGAAUUGAGAGACAAGCAAAGUUCGUAUGAUGAUAUGUUAAUUGUAGUGAACCAACUCUGGAAUCAGUUGAUUGAUGACUUAAUUCUUCUUGGGGUACGAGCUGGGGCAGGCCAGAUUGCUUUAGAAUGUCUGGAACGAGCUGAUCAUUCUCUGGGUUCAGUUCCCUCAUGCUCUGCGGAGGAAAUGUUUCUUUGUAGACUGCUAGAAAGAGAUUCUAUUGAAGCCAAUGGUAAUGAUGAGAUCAUUAAAUAUGUUGAAGAAGCCCUUGCUCUGCGUCAUUCAUCUACUAUUGAGUUGUUGAAACUCCUGGAAGAUACCAUUAAUGAUCAGAGGGAAAAAACUGAAAACAUUGCUCAGGCUUUGCAUGGAAAGCUAUCUUCAGAAGAUGCUAUCAUCCAAUUGUCUAAGAUUGAUGAUAUGAUGAAAGAGGAGGCUAUCAAGCUGCGUGAAGUGAUUGCUAUUCUCCACUUGAAGCAUAAAGAAUACUUUGAGAGGAUUCAAAAUUACAUUAACAGCCAUUCAGUGGAUGAAUCUGAGAUUAAGCGCCUUGCAGGUGAGCUGGAUGAGAGCAUGGCUGAACUUGAAGCGAGUAGAAGAAAAUUAAUUAAUCUUAAAAUGCAAAAGGAUGUAGCAUCCGUGAUGCAUAGCCCAACUCAUGCUACAGCCAAUGGAAACUUGUCACCUGAAAAGUCUGCAGAUAGGACAAAGGGUUUGCGGGAAUUGAAGGACUCCAUUGAAGAAGCAAAGAUACUGGCAGAAGAUCGCCUUUCUGAGCUUCAAGAUGCACAGGAAGAGAAUCUAAGCUUGUCAAAACAAUUGCAGGAUCUUCAGAAUGAGCUGAAUGACGACAAGUAUGUACGCUCCUCGCGAUUAUACUCUUUGUUAAAUGAUCAACUCCAACAUUGGAAUACCGAAGUGGAGCGCUACAAAGUAUUGACAGAUUCUCUGCAGGCUGACAGGCCUCUUGUCAUGAGAAGGGAGAAGGAGGUAAUUGCAAAAGUAGAAUCAGCAGAUGCUGUGAGGAAUGCCAUUGAUAAUACUGAAUCUAGGAUUGAAGAGCUAGAGCUUCAGCUGCAAAAGUGUGUUAUUGACAAAAAUGAUCUUGGGAUUAAAAUGGAAGAAGCUCUGCAGGAUGCAGGGAGAAAUGAUAUCAAAUCAGAGUUUCGUGUAAUGGCUUCGGCUUUGUCUAAAGAAAUAGGAAUGAUGGAAGCUCAAUUGAAGCGAUGGAAAGAGACAGCUCAUGAAGCGCUGUCCUUACGUGAGAAAGCCCAGUCUCUUAAAGCUCAGUUAAAUAGAAAGACUAAUGAAAAGCAGAGCUUAGCAGACAAAUGUACUGAACAGAUGGUGGAGAUCAAGUCUCUUAAGGCACUGAUUGAAGAGUUGCAGAAGGAAAAACUGGAAUUGCAAAUCUUCUUGGACAUGUAUGGACAGGAAAGUUAUGACAGCAGAGAGUUGAUGGAAAUCAAGGAAUCAGAACGCAGAGCUUACUCACAAGCUGAAGUUUUAAGAAAUGCUUUAGAUGAACAUAGUCUAGAGUUGAGAGUGAAAGCUGCCAAUGAAGCUGAGGCUGCUUGUCAGCAAAGGCUUUCUGCCGCUGAAGCUGAAAUAGCUGAUUUAAGGGCCAAACUGGAUGCUUCUGAGAGGGAUGUUUUGGAGCUUACUGAGGCUAUUAGAAGUAAAGAUGGGGAAGCAGAGCAAUAUAUAUCAGAAAUUGAGACCAUUGGUCAAGCAUAUGAAGAUAUGCAGAUGCAGAACCAACAUCUGUUGCAGCAGGUGACUGAGAGGGAUGACUAUAAUAUCAAGCUUGUUUCUGAGAGUGUGAAGACAAAGCAGGCACACAGCUAUUUGCUCUCGGAGAAGCAGUCAUUGGCAAAGCAACUUCAACAGAUUAACGCGUCGGUAGAAUCCUUGAGAAUGAAAAUUUCCUACAGUGAAGAGCAGAUGGAGGCUUUUCUGACAGAAGCCAUUAAAUCUACUCAAGAAGAAAGACAUCUUGCAGUCAACCUGGAAACAGCCAAGUGGGAAUUGGCUGAUGCUGAGAAGGAGUUAAAGUGGCUUAAAUCUGCCUUUGCUUCCUCUGAGAAGGAAUAUGAGCAAAUUCAGCAGGAGAGGGAUGAUCUCCAAAAUGAUUUGGAGAAUGAUAGAAGCUCAAGGAAGAAGCUUGAGGAAGAGCUUAGGGAAUUCAAUAACAAGGUUGCUGAGAUGAGUUCUGAAACUGGAGAGGCUGCAAUACAGAAACUUCAAGAUGAGAUCAAGAGUUGCAAGUCUAUUCUCAAAUGUAGUGUGUGUUCCGAUCGGCCAAAGGAGGUUGUAAUCGUGAAGUGCUAUCAUCUUUUCUGCAAUCCAUGCAUCCAAAAAAAUCUAGAGAUCCGCCACCGGAAGUGUCCGGCAUGUGGGAAUGCAUUCGGUCAGAAUGAUGUUCGUUUUGUAAAGAUAUGAAAGAGCUUCAACAUAUUCUGAUUUUUUUUUUUUUUAUAUAUAGUUUGUAUUUAGUCCCCUCCAUAUCCUCCCUAGUGUUGAAGCCCUUGUUUGUACAUGUCUUUGAAGCUGAUGCUUCCUUAUGGAACAUAAAUUUUUGCUUU